CUGUUUUUAAUUGCAAUUUGAGCAAGGGUUAUCACAAUUUAUAUCGAGGUCACAGUCUAAAAUAAAAAGAGAACCUUGGGUUUUUUGCACGUCUUUAUUUAAUUGGGAAAUCCCGCUGUAGUUAUUAAACAUACAAAUAAAGUUAAUUCCUUAAUCUUUUCUUAUUUAGUCUUCGUUAAAAGUUCUUGAAGUGAAGUUCAUUGAUUUAAAGAAGAAUGCAUUUUCAAAGCGUUAUUAUUUUGGUGGUUUUAUGCGGAGUUUUUGAGUCAAAUCAGUCAAGACCUGAUUGCCCAAGGAUUUUGUAUAAAGCCGAUUGGGGUGGAAGAGCCGCUAAAGGAGUCGAACAUACAAUAAUCCCAGUUAAAUAUGUUAUUAUUCAUCACACAGUGACACCGUCAUGUUCAACGGAAGAAAUUUGUUCAGAUCUUGUUACAAAUAUUCAAAAUUACCACAUGGAUGAAUUAAAUUGGCACGAUAUUGGCUACAACUUUUUAAUUGGUGGUGAUGGAAAUGUAUAUGAAGGUGCUGGCUGGCACAGAAUAGGAGCUCAUACUUAUGGAUACAACUCAAAAUCACUAGGACUAGCAUUCAUUGGAACUUAUACAAGUAAAUUGCCAAAUGAAAAACAAUUAGAAGCAGCUAAAAAACUUAUUAGUUGUGGUGUUGAAAAAGGAGAAUUAGCGCAAAAAUACAAACUGCUUGGUGGAAGAACUGUUAGUGCAACUCAAAGUCCCGGUCUAAAACUAUUUCAAGAAAUCAAAAAUUGGAAAGGAUUUACAAUAAAUCCUUAAAGUUUAUUCAAUUCAGAUCUAUUCUUAAAUUAAUAGAAUUCCCUUUAACCUUUAUUUAGUACUAGAAAUAAACAUUAUUUUUAUAACAA